AUGGAUGAUAUUUGGAAAAGGGUCGCCAGCAAUAAUAAUGAUCGUGCAAAAUCGAUGGAAAUUAAGAUAUGCGGUGCUUUCCUUGCUGAGCACAAUUUGCCGAUAUCUCUUAGCGACGGUCUUGUACAGUUUCUUCAGUCACUUUCCCCCCGCGACGAUGUAAUAAAAACCGUCACGCUUGGAAAGCAAAAAGCCUCAAACGUGAUUCGCCAAGUCCUGGGAUUCGACUAUUUACACCAAACAGUUUCCACUUUACGUUCGGAAAAGUUUAGUUUCGUCAUCGACGAAGCAACCGACUUAAGCACAUCAAGACAGCUUGCUAUUUUGGCGACUUAUUUUGACAUGGAUGCAUUUGAAACCAAACAUUAUUUAGUCCAUAUGGUCGAAGUCGAAGCGCGUACUGCUGAAGCAUGCGCAAUUUACUCCUCGGUAAAGAACACCUUCACUGAGCUUCUUAUCCCGAUGAAGAAUAUCACUGGUUAUUCGUCGGAUACUACCAACAUGAUGUUUGGCCGAGAAAGAAAUUCGGUUUCCCAGCUGUUGAAAUCGGAGCAAAAGAAUGUGCAAACACUGAAAUGCUCUUGCCACUUAACCACUUAG